AUUAAUGAGGUCUUUUCCCUCUGCCUUCCCUGCUCCAAUCUUAAUCAAAGAGAUCACUUUUCUGCAGCACCACAGUUACCAAACUUUUCCACUUUUGAGUAUAAGAGGGGGAGAUGAGUAUCUCCAGAUUGUGAAGUCAGCUUUAGCUGGUAGCAGCCAGAAGAGGCAAGGAGAGGGCAGAGCAGGUCCUUGACGGGGCGCUGGUUCAGUGUAGGUUGUUAAUGACCUGACUGCUGGCUGUUUAAACAACGUGCUCUGUGGAAGGGAAGUGUCAACUUCUUAGAUGCUUAGAUGUUACAGAAUAUGUAAUGGGAGGCUCUUGUGUAUAUGAACAUUUUCUGUAUGGUAACAGGUCUGCUACCACACACCAGUUAGUAUGGGGAGUACUGAGCUGAAAUCCUAUACUCUGACCUUAUAUACUAGGAGACUGGCCAAGAGCUGGGAGAAGUUCCUGCUUAUCCAUAGGCAGCUGGUGAAAUGGAAAGUGAAAAACAGCAGCAAAACAAACUUGUUGGCAUGGGGACGUAUAAACAGAGUCAGGACCCUACAUGGGAAUGCUCCAGAGAAAGAAGAGGAGUGAGCAAUGUAGCCGUGGAACAGCCGCUGGUGAGAGCAGCUGGGCUGCAGUAAUUUUUGGGCUGCAGCACACCACAUAACUCAGAUUUUUGGGGCUGACAAUACAUCGAAAGUUGCUGAAAAAAACUGAAGGCAAAGAUAUGUGAAGAAUUUGCUAGUAUUUUUGGAUCAGUUUGUUCACAUCUUGCGCUGUUACAUAAAGGCCAAUGGAAAGUGUGAGUCCUAUUGCACAAUCUGUGUGUGAGGAGAGAUGGAGUGGGAUGUCCAUAUACAUCUUCCCACUCAGAUUUCUUCUUUAAUUCACGCUUUGGUGGGAACUAGGGAGGAAAUACCACUGGUAAUUAAAAGAAAAAAGAAAAAAAAAAAAAGCUUAUUAAUCUGUGCAGAGCAGGAACUCUCCUAAUUUCUCCUUUUAGGGUGUGCAGGCACUUAACCAAACCUAACAAAUGCUUGCCUCCCUUUGGUGAAGGGGUCCUGGACAGCCCUUUCAGCCCAGGAGAGCACUGGCAGGGCAGGCAGAGUCUGGCUGCGGGUCUGAAGGUACAAUUCCCACUGGGGGGAGCACAGCCACCUUUAAGCCCGCUGUGCUUCAUUUACAUGUAGGGAUCCCUAUAUCUCUAGGAAAUGUGCCAGCAGAGAAGAGAAACUGUGAACCUCAUUUUCAGAAGCAGUGAUAGCCAUAUAAACUUCUUCCCGGGCAAUUUGCCUGUAAGUUGGAGUCAGCACAAUCUUGACAGUGCAUUAGCCAGCACAGUUUGUGACUGUCAUUUAUGCUCUGCAAACACUUAGGUGUCUGAGGAAAGCUCAGCCCUCCCCCACCUUAUCUCCUCUUUAGGGGAUCCCUUCUCCACAUUGCUCCUCACAGGCUGUCAGAGGCACUCUGGCUUUGUUGUGUGGCCGUGUGCCACCGGCUUGGUGACGCUCCCGGAGCAUCUGUCCCUAAUAGGGCUGACAGCCGCGGGGCCGUAUGUCAUCGCUGCCAUAAGCCUUCCCCCCCUCCCUGGGGGCUGUGGAGCUGCGGGGCAGCGGCAGCAGCGACUUGGGCCAGCGUCUCUCCGCCCUUCAGCCGGGGGCUGCUGGCCCUGUCGAGGGGCCCCCACUGGGUGAGUACCAGGGCUGCGGGUGGCUUUGUGCAGUGGUGACGAUGGCCCUGCCUGGGCAGGAGGACUACGUGUUCACCUACCGCGACUCAUCGCACCCUGCGUGCCUGCUGGACGCGUUCCGGGCGUUCUACCUAGAUGGGCUAUUCACUGACAUCGCGCUUCAGGCCGCCUCGGGGGUCCUGCUGCAUUGCCACAGAGCCGUCCUGGCAGCUUGCAGCUGUUAUUUUAGAGCCAUGUUCACAGCCGAUAUGAAAGAGAAAUCUAAAAAGCAGAUCAGGCUUCCUGAGCUCAGCCAUGCCGUGCUGGAAGCCCUCGUGAAUUAUGCGUACACCUCCCGGAUCCAAAUAACAAAGAGAAACGUGCAAAGCCUGCUGCAGGCGGCUGAUCUCCUCCAGUUUGUCUCAGUCAAGAGAGCCUGUGAGCAGUUUCUGGUCAGGCACCUGGAUGCUGACAACUGCCUUGGGAUGCAUGCCUUUGCUGAGCACCACAAUUGCUUGGAACUGGAAAAGGAAUCCUGGAGGAUGUUGCUGUGGCAGUUUGAAGAAGUGUGGAAGCAGGAGGAGUUCCUGGAUGUUAGCAAGGAGAAGCUGGCUUUCAUCCUCUCCAGAGAUAACCUUAAUGUCUGGAAAGAAGAGGUGGCUGUCGGAGCUGUUGUUAGGUGGGUUGCACACAAUGUAGAGGAAAGAAUUGAAGACAUCUAUGAACUGCUGAGCUGCAUCAAACUGGACCUAGAUAACAUGUAUUUGAGGUCAGCUUUAAGCCUGCAAAAAAAAUGCCGACUUAAUGAUAAUAAGAUAAGGUCCCUUGUGUACAGUGCCCUAAACCCCAGUCCCAAAGGCCUUUCCAAGAGACCAACGGCCACCAUGUAUGUGGUUGGAGGAUAUUAUUGGCAUCCCUUAUCAGAAGUUCACAUUUGGGAUCCUUUAACUAACGCAUGGCUCCAGGGAGCAGAAAUGCCAGAUCACACUCGAGAGAGCUAUGGGGUCACAAGCCUGGGGCCAGACAUAUAUGUGACGGGAGGCUACAGAACAGAGAGCAUCGAAGCCCUGGAUACUGUGUGGAUAUAUAACAGCGAGCGGGAUGAGUGGGCAGAGGGCUGCCCCAUGCUUGAUGCGAGAUACUACCACUGUGCAGUGUCCCUGAGCGGCUGCAUCUACGCACUGGGUGGCUACCGGAAGGGAGCUCCAGUGCAAGAAGCUGAGUUCUAUGAUCCUUUGAAAAAGAGAUGGGUUCCUAUUGCAAACAUGAUCAAAGGUAUGUAAGCUCUCAUGAGGCCUCAAUGUCAGUCCUCUCGUGUUUGCCACUGAGAAGUGCCACUGACACAUUCAGGGCUAGAGCCUAGUCAAGUUCGGAGGGAUCAUUCCGUUGAUGUCGGGAGGCUUUGGUUCAGGCCUGUGUGGGCCAAGCUGCUACAAACACCCAAUGGCUGCACUGGGCUGUGCCGUCGGGCACAGAAUGGACAAGCAAUGGCAGUGCCAUUUAAGUUUGUCUUCCUUCAGGAGAUAAACUUCUAUUUGAGUUGGAAAGAAGUUAGAAAACUGCCUGGGAUUAGAGUCUGUUCAGCAGUCAAAAAAAAUUGAGCUCCAGUAAAGGGACUGUGUUAGUUUGGUAUAAGGUCUGAUGGUUUUCUGUACAGUUUAUUUAUAAGUGUGUCAUCAUUUAAGACAUCUUGCAUGCAGCUCGCUCAUAUUCCAGAGUAUCACCUGUUCAGGAUCCUUAGUUAAAUCUUUGGAGUAAGGAUAAUGAAAAGCAUAGAUACCUAUUUUUAGCACCCAAAAUAGUGACCCACUGAAAAUACACGCGC